UGGGAUGCAUUUUUCGACGAAACACCGGAAGUCAGACACGGCUUCGUAUUUUUCUCCCUUUAGGUUCGCCCUUUUCUCAACAUUUUAUCUGAAAAUAUAAAGAAUUUAACACCUUUGGAUCAGCGAUUCAUGCCAGGAAUGGAGGACUUUCACAACGGCAGCGAGGGCUCCUUCAACUCAGAGGAAGCUGACAGUGUCGUCAAAGAGUGUAUCGAGAGCGUGGUAGGUGCUGAUGACUACAGCCAGAAUCAGGUGAACAAAUGGACCGCCAGCAUCGUGGAGCGCUGCCUCACACAGCUGAUGAAACAGGGGAAAGCAUAUAAGUACAUCGUGACCUGUGCUGUGAUGCAGAAAACAGGAGCCGGCCUCCACACAGCUAACUCCUGCUACUGGGACACGACCAUGGACGGAAGCUGCACCGUGAGAUGGGAAAACCGCACCAUGUACUGCGUGGUCAGUGUGUUCGCUGUGGCCAUCGCAUAGACACACACUCACGCCAUCCAAAGGAGGAGUGCAGGGUGUUCCAGUGACCAGCAGGGGGCCAUCAAGUGCCACAUAGUCCACUUUCAUACAGCUGUGAGGAGGAGGAGGAGGAGCUGUGUUUCCAGCCUUCAGAUGCAUGAAAACAUCAUCAUCAUCAUGUUCAUGUAUUUAUCCUGUCAUGUAGCUGCAGUGCUUUAAUAGAUCACAUUCAGCCUGACAGCAUGCAGCAAUCAGCCUGAUUCUUCUUCUUCUUCUGUGUUCUGCUACCUUUAUUAUGUGUCUCAUGCUGACGAGGAGAGGAGAGGCUUUUUGUAAUCGGAGCGGUUUUACAGAAGGAAAAUAAACAUUAAUGAGCAAACAAA